CUCGUCGGUUCCCACCAGAGCGACAACAUGCCUGACACUGUAGUCAAAGCGGCCAAGAAGGGCUCAAAGAAAGGCGCCACCAAGAACGUCAGCAAGAGCGGCAAUAAGAAGAGGAGGACCAAGAGGAGGGAGAGCUACGCCAUCUACGUGUACAAGGUGCUGAAGCAGGUCCACCCCGACACCGGCAUCUCCUCCAAAGCAAUGGGCAUCAUGAACUCCUUCGUCAGCGACAUCUUUGAGCGCAUCGCCGGUGAGGCCUCCCGUCUGGCUCACUACAACAAGCGCUCCACCAUCACUUCCAGGGAGAUCCAGACCGCCGUCCGCCUGCUGCUGCCCGGGGAGCUGGCCAAGCACGCCGUGUCUGAGGGCACCAAGGCCGUCACCAAGUACACCAGCUCCAAGUAAACACUGCUGCUGCCUCCACUAUUCAACCAACGGCUCUUUUAAGGGCCACCCACUAUAUCUUUAAGAGCAAAGUUUUGUUGUUUAUUAAUUCAAUUAUUAAUAAAUGUUGGGUGUGAUAUGGCAAGCGGUUUUAACAUUUAAUCACUAAGUCCGACUAUCCGGAAUUACCAUUAUAGAUAUCUAUAACGUCAUUUUGACUAGUAGUAAUAUCACUGUGACUAGUAUGAACUUUAAUUUAAGAUAUCUGUAACGUCAUUUUGACUAGUCAUAAUUCGAAUUCAAGAUAUCUACAAUAUCAUUCUGACUAUCUGAAACUCAAUUCAAGAUAUCUAGAAAGGACCAUGUAGAUAUCUUCAAUUGAUGAUAAUUAAAGAUAUCUUGAACUUGAAUUAUGACUAGUCAAAAUUAAAUUGUAGAUAUCUCAAACUGGAAUUACAGAUAUCCACAACUACAUCAGAGAUAUCUAUAAUGACAAACCCCAUACACAUGAAUGGCAAAAAUAGUUUGAAUCCUACUAGUCAAAACUGAAUUACAGAUAUCUGUAAUUCGAGUUUUGACUAGGCAAAAUCUAAUUCCAGAUAUCUUGAAUAAAAGUUUUGACUAGGCAAAAUUAUGUUGCAGAUAUCAGUAAUGAAUAUCCAGUCUAGCGAUUUAAAUGUUAAAACGGCUUGCCAUAGGUGUGAUCUCGCUUGCAUUUCUUACAUUUCACUGUGGCUAUAAGAAAUAAGAUUAAACUUUCUGACGUGUUCAACAAAUAGCUAUUGCUUCCUGUUGCCAGUAGGUGGCGCAAACACCAUAGCAGUAGUGAUGGUGAAAUCGAAGCUUCAUGAAGCAGUGAACCACUUUGACUGCUUCAUCAGUCACACACUGCUCGAAGCAUUUCACACAGUCAGAAGAGUGACGUCUGCUGGCUGUACCUCAGAACUGCAUCUAUAGAGGGAGUGGGGAAAUGGAACGUGCUUGUACUACUCUUGUAUACUACUCUUGUGCUAAUAUAAAUGAGGUGUACGAGUAAACCAGUGAGUGUUUUUAUUUUAAAAAAAGAAGCAUUUUGACUGCGUGGUUUCAGUCUGCUCCUUUUGUGGCUGACUACCUCUCCAGCUUUGGAUAAAAACCACUCACAUGGCACAGAUGUUGCUGGCAUGUGGAGAUACUUUUUGGCCGUUUUGAUAAGGUUUGGGUAUAUUCUUCCACGUGAUGCCCAGUAAGUAAGCAGGUCUUCUCCUCUGGAGAGGUAGAGCUCAGACAAAUAUCUUUGAAACUCCACUGAAGCAUGUGCUGUUGCACUUUAAAAUUGUUUUGUUUUACCUAAAAGAAGGGAAAAAGGGAAAUUAGUCAUCUUUCAUAAUCACAAAAUGAUGCAUACAGUAAUAUCCAACGCUGCUGUCCAAAAGAUCCCACAAGUUGUCUUCUGCUGAAGGCCCAUGUUCUUCCUUGGCAGCUGACUGAUAGAGCUGAUAACAUUUUUAGAGAGGUAUGGAAAACACAAUAAUAAUAUGGAAUGAUAAAUGAUACAUUUUCAACUGUGCAUCAUUUGACCAGCUCAUGCUGCAGUUGUUUUAUAAGAUAAAGUGCUGAAGCCUUUAUAGCCAGUUUAUGCUGUACCAUUCUCAUGAGUGGAAUAACUUUUGAGGCAGAAACAUGCUUUUCGGCUGACAUCUCUGAGGGGGCUAGAGGGAAGGGUGCAAGAACAUCUAAACACUCACUGACUGUCUCGUAUUCUGCAAAUGUGAGAGGAGGAAUGUCUGUGGUGAGGUGUGCUGCUGCUGCACCAACUGGUUCUCCUUGUUCAUAUAGUCUUUGUAACAUCAAGUAUGUGGAGUUCCAUCUGGUUUCAGCUUCUUGAAUCAGUUUGUGAACUGGCUUCUGCAGCUGAGUUUGCAUCUCUGUGAGUUUCUCCUUUGCUUUUGUGCUUGUCCUAAAAAAAUGCAACAAUUCUUCGGCCUCUUGUUCUGAUGUCAGCCAGUGGAGGAGUUUGAUCCAAUACCUUCUUCACAAUAAGACUGAAACUGUGGGCUAAACAUGGAACAUUUCUGACAGCCAACAGUUUGGCACAAAGGAUCAUAUUGGAUGCAUUGUCUGUGAUUAAACAGUGCACUUUCUCUCUCUCAAGCCCCACUCAUUUAUCUGCAGCUCCAUGGCAUGUUUUCCUCUUCAAAUGUGUCACUAAUGUACAAUAAGAAUAGUAGGGGGCUGAGGGCUGAGCCCUGUGGAACACCGGCUUCUGGGCUAAAUUUGUUGGAGAUUGAGGCUCCCACUCUUACUCAAAUCUCUCUGUCCUUUAAAAAACUGUUUAAAAGCACCACCAUCUGCUGUGGGAGUUUAAGGUUAUGGUCCAGCAGCCUGUAUAUGAGUCCUUCAUGCCACAUCUUAUCAAACGCUUUUUCAAUGUCAAAAAAAGACUCCAAUUGUUACCAUUUUUAUGUUAAAACACCUUUGGACACCUUGGGACAAUGUAUCUUUCCAUCGAUCUGCUCUGGUCCACAAUUAGUUCCAUGAGCACCCUGAAUUUGCAGACUUAUACCUUCCACCAUACUCCCCAUUCCUAAACCCAAUAGAGGAGUUUUUUUCUGCAUGGCAGUGGAAGGUAUAGGACCUUCAGCCUAUGACCGUUUGCCCCUCAUUCAGGCCAUGGAGCAGGCCUGUGAUCUUAUCGAAGCAGCUUCUGUGCAGGGGUGGAUUUGUCACACAAGGCGAUUCUUCCAACGGUGCCUUGCCAAUGAAGACAUAGCCUGUGAUGUGGAUGAAAUCCUAUGGCCUGAUCCAGCCAGACGGAGAGAU